AUGUGAUGCUUCAAAUUUGCAAAAGAAAGGUUAUGUAUUUUGUAAUAUUUGUAAACAUAACUAAAAAUAUACAAAGAUGACUACACAUUGGGGAGAAAUUGAACCGAAACCUGCGUCUGUUUUUACUAUUCCUGAUAUUACUACCGAAAUAGAAAAGUCGAUGGACAAAUUUUGUUUAUCAGAAUUCGAUGAUGAGGUCGACAGAGAGAAAGUUGAAGAUAUUGUUUUGCCUCCUAUAGAUCCAUUGGUAUCCUACGCGAUUUCUUUACAUAAAUAUGCUAACGAUAUGACUGAAAUGAUUAGAGUGGCAGAAUUAGCGACUGAAAUGAAUCUAAUUCCUCCAGAAGAUGCAGCUCCUCCAAUGCCUCUAAUGCCCGAAGUAGUUUUAAAACAUAAAAGAAACAAACUCAACUUUAUUCCACAAGUCAUGACUCCAUUUACUUCUGGAAAAGAAGUAGAAUUUCCGGAAUUAAGUGAAGCAGUGGUAAAAAAUCUACUAAAGAAAUCUAUUUGUGCCAUGUUUGCUCAUGUAGGAUAUGAAACAACACAUCAGAGUGUUUUGGAUACAAUGACUGAUGUAUUAGAAACUUUUUUGCAAACAUUUUGUCACAAAGUAGUAGAAUAUACGGACAGUAUUGAACAUCAAGAUAUAGGUUUUAGCAGUAUAAUAGAAAAAGUAUUGAUAGAAACUGGAAUGGGUGGGGUUCGAGGACUUCACGAUUAUUAUCAAAAUAGAGUAAUUAGAUAUAUAGAUGUUCUUAAAAAGCGAUGUGUUGAACUUAAUGAACAUUAUGCGGCCCUUCUAAUACCAAAAAGUCCUUCUCCUACAAAUAAAUUCAAUUCAAUUGUUAGAGUAAAAGUUGAAGAGGAUGAAAAUGUAGUUGAGGUAGAAAACCCGGAACUCCAUUUCGCUUCUUUUGAAGGUGAUGCAUCUGUAAUUGAGUCUGGUCUACAAUUGUUGCAUAGUUUGGAAGCAGUAGAAAAUCUACAAAGUUUAGAAAAUGGUACUGAAGAAGUAAUUGCCACAACUUCUAAUAUAGUUACCGUCGCUCCUGAAGGAGAAAUGUGCAAUUUAUUACCUCAUCCCAAGAAAAAAAGAUUAUAAGUUUAAAAUUGUUUCCUUGAAGCUGGUUUCAAUACAAUCGUAGUGACAAGCAAUUGAAUAAUUGAGAUUAUUAAGUUUAAAAUGCAGUUUUUAUAUUAUGUACAGUUUGAUGAAUAAAAUAUAAGUAAAA